AAUCCAUUCACAUUCAAUCUGCGGCAAGCGCCUGGGUACAACCUCCCUUACGAUCGGAUCCGUGUCUGGAUGACGACCAGGACACUGGGUGGUUUGUUUAUCACCGCAUUCACAUCGAGCCGGCCUUUGAUCCGACUGCGGACGCGCUGACUGUCGAUGGUUACUUUCAACUGGUCCGGUCACGUCUCUGACCUCUCUUCUGUGUGGUGAUCCAGACUCGAUCAUUAGCUCCAGCAACUUCACCAUGGGUAAUGUCGGAAGCCGUCUUGAUGACACCGGAAGCUUGUACUUCAAGGAUCAGACAAGGUGUAAGUUUCUAACCAUCCGGCGACGGUGCCAGACGCUCGUACCCUUGACAUCCCUCUCGUUCCUCUCCUCUCCUGUCUCUCCUAUCUUGUUUCGACGCCGUGUACUAUUAAACCUUGUUCCGAACUCAUUCCCCGCCACGAGAUAUGCUGCCAAGCGGGAGACUGGCGAUGAAAGUCCAAUAGAGUAUAUACAGGAACCCGAUCUUUCGCCGUCAGCCCCUGUGCCUACCUUCCUCCUGCGCUUAAACAACGAAGACGAGUUAAACUUUAAUUUUACAUUCAUAUUGAGACAGACACAGACUGGAAAUGUUGCGAGUUCCACGGUCAAUGGUGUCUCAACAUCUUUGCCCGAAGUGGCCGACACGGUACUUACUGGUCUGACGUUUGCGCAUGCGCCAAAUUCCAAGGAACUGGACAACUUGAUUACCAGGGAAUUUCAUGCCAACCCCAAUUUGCAGAACAAUUCGAACGUGCAGCUGGUAGGAGAUUACUCCACUGGAGGCAGCCCAUCAGUUCAAUUUGACUGGUCUUGGAAAUGGAAGCCUCCCAAAGUAGUAGAGGAUAAAGGGGGUGGAUGGAGGAACAGCUGCAGCUUCUUGGACUACGAUCAAAGGGCCAAUCGCUUGAAUACGCUCGCGCAUUUCUCAUUCUGGGUACAGAAUACUGUACGCUCGCUCCCAAGCCCACAGAUUUCCUCGCCAAAUCUGGAGAUUAACGUCCCUUUCCGCAACCGCAUCCCGUCGUCGCAAUCCAUCCUAUCACACUCCAGCGAUGCAGACGCAGCAUCUAAUCACCAGGUUAUCCCUGUAACCCCCCCUGAAGCUGGUGACACGACUGCUAUACCUCCCCAUGCCUCUGCACCUCCCCCGCCUGUCAAAGUUGAUCUUCCCCAUUCGCGCCCAGGUGAAGACAUGAGUAUGGUUGAAGACGGUCCGUUGUUUCGGGCUACAAUGAAAGCCUUGGAACAGAAGACGGGAAACAUGCGCGCUAAGAUCAAAAAGGUCCUCAAGAAAGCUGAAGCCGCUCAGCAAGCACAGAUGGUCUGUAACGACGCCGUGGAAGCAUUUCUCUCCGCAUUGACUGAAGCCUCGACAUCUAACGCGAACGCAAUACAACCCGCACUUGAUCAUUACUUCGAGAAGACUGCGCGCCAAAUAUUGAACUAUGAACGAUUAAAUACCGUUCAGCUCCAGAAGCUCGUCAUUGAUCCAUUGGUUAAGCUGUAUAACAAUGAUAUCAAGCAGGCGGAGGCCAAGAAAAAAGAAUUUGAGGAAGAGAGCAGAGAUUACUAUGCCUAUGUUAGCCGCUACCUCGGUCAGCGGCAGGACUCUCUGAAAGAGAAAAAGCGAGUGGAAAGUGACUCCAAAUACCAGGCAAAGCGACGCAACUUUGAGUUAAAGCGCUUCGAUUACUCAUCCUUUAUGCAAGACCUCCACGGGGGACGUAAAGAGCAGGAGGUCCUUUCUCAUCUCACUAAGUAUGCUGAUACCCAAGCGAAAAGUUUCCUUGCAGCUGCCAAGAAUGUUGAUGAUAUGAUUCCCCAACUUGAUGCCCUUAUCCAUGAGGUCAACCAGGCGGACAAGGAAUUCCAGUUCCAGAGGACAGAGAGGGAAGAAAAACGGAGGAACUUGGAGAAAAGCAGCAACAUAUAUAUCGAGCCUGAUUCUCUGACCAAUGCGGGUGCGCCAUCGACGCUUUUGGGGAAUGGUGGUGGAAAUCCAAAGUCGGAGAUCGAAUUAGGGCGUGCAGAUAGCACAGGGUCUCAACUGCGAGGUGUCAUCAGCAACACUUCUUCAAUCUUGCCGCCAGCCAACUCUGCCAACCCUACAGCUGGUUCCUCAAUGCUUGCCUCUGCCAUCAAUUCAACUAGUCAGCAGAGGAAGGAAGGCUUGCUCUGGGCACUAUCCCGGCCGGGAUCUCAUAUUGAUCCCAAGGGAAUUAACAAGCAAGCUUGGCAUAAGUUCUGGAUUGUGUUAGACCAGGGCAAGCUUUCAGAGUAUAGCAAUUGGAAACAGAAGCUUGACUUGCACAUGGACCCUAUCGACUUGCGGAUGGCUUCCGUGCGAGAGGCUCGAAAUGCUGAACGCCGGUUCUGUUUUGAGGUGAUCACACCACAAUACAAGCGCAUCUAUCAAGCAACUUCUGAAGAAGACAUGGCCAACUGGAUCAGGGCAAUCAAUAACGCUCUACAGAGCGCUGUUGAGGGUCGCGGUAUGUCCCCUCCGGUUUCGUCGGACAAUGAUGGCACGCCAAUUGGCCGUGAUAUCGGCUCUGUGCUUACCGGAAAGAGCUCUUCGUAUUCCGGUCAACACUCUUACUCCACAGGGUCAAACAACAGCGUUACCCGCCGCACUACAGUAGGUGCCAGGCCAAGCUACGUCCGCGGGGACGGCCUUGGCUUUGAGGAGAACCCCUCUAAAUUACUCCAAACAAUCCGGGAGGCGGAUCAGGGCAAUAAUUGGUGUGCAGACUGUGGAUCUACUUCCAAGGUCGAAUGGGUGUCUAUCAACCUGGGAAUUGUCCUAUGCAUUGAGUGCAGUGGCAUCCACCGGUCACUUGGAACCCAUAUCUCUAAAAUCCGUUCGCUCACGCUGGAUGUUAACUCCUUCUCGAAUGAUAUUGUUGAAAUCCUUUUGCAGAUCGGUAACCGUGUCAGCAACAUGAUCUGGGAGGCGACUCUUGAUCAGGCUCAAAAACCAAUGGCAACCUCCACUCGUGAACAGCGGCUGAAGUUUAUAACUGCCAAAUACAGCGAGCGAGCAUUUGUGGAACCGCUGCCCUCCCCGUUGUCACGUUUCGCCACUCCAGACGAGACUCUUUUGGCUGCAAUCAAAAGGAAUGAUAUUCAGGGUGUGCUUUAUGGCAUUGCCCUUCGCGCCAAUGUGAAUAUUACCGAUCGCUCUCGCAGUACUCAUGCUAUCUUCCUUGCUCUAGCUGCGGCAGAUCCGGCAUCACCUGGGGCAACCUCAAACCUGGCUGCUAAACCUAGUGGGGCGUCUUCUGUGAAAGCCAUCCCAUUCCCUAUCGCAGAACUUCUAGUUCAGAAUGGAGCCGAGAUCCCGUCGCAACCUCCGCCUAUCCCUCUUUCAUCGGCCGCUCAGCUGUAUUUAAGCCAGAGAACUGCCCGAGUGUCUGCAUUUGGCACCCCUCCUCCGGCUAUGCCAGCGCCCGGGAGAGCUACAGCCGAUUCUCUCGGUUCACUGCCUACAAUCCGGGGUGCUGGAAAUGAUAGUACCAUUCCGUCAUCUCAAGCGCCGAGCUCUCUGGAUAGCAAAGAGCGCGAGAAGCUACAUAAAAGGGGCAGCGCUGGCGCCAGGUUUGCUGGAAAGGUCGCCUCCCUUGGGAUUGACCGCUAGCGAACCGUCCAUUGUGCGUGAUAUUCUUACUUUGCUGUUCAUGCUCGCGCUUGCUACUAGGCGUUUCGGUGGGGCUAUUCCUUAAUAG